AUGAAUACACCGAAGUCCAAAGGUGCAUAUUUUGCAUAUGCUAGCUCUAAACCAGAAGAUGAAGACACAGAUUGGUCAGAAUGGAACAAGAAAGAAAAGAAGUUCUUAUCCAAGAACAAAGAUCUAGUUGAUCAAGAUAGGAUGCAUGCUGGAUGGAGCAGAGAUGAUGGAAGGUCUGUCGAUCAUGACGGAUUGUCUAAUAAUGAUAACAUGGAGACUGAAGAAGCACAAGAGGAUCAGCAUCUUGCAGAUAGAUUAAAUCGUGACAAAAAAGUUGAAAAGAAACAAGGUCGUGGAAAAAAUAAAUGCAAGAAGGUUGCUAAACUAAAGGCAGGCAAGAAAAUUAAAGUGAGGUUCUAUAACAAGAGAGCUUUAUCUAAAACAUUCUCACGACAGUUGGGUAGAAUUGUGCGUGAUCUUAACAUCACUCCAAUAAGGGUCAAGAAAUGGACAGAUAUAAGUCCAGUAGCUCAGAAGCACAUUUUUUAUGCAAUUAAGGACAAGUUCGAAAAUGCAGACCAAAAUAUUGAAGUUGAUGUCUACGAAAAUGAGAUCAUGGAGCAUGCUAGAGACUUAAAUCGGCAUUUUGUUAAGCCAGCAAGGAAUAUGCAACAUGCUAUUAAGAAUUGUCCUCAAGAGAUUCCAAAAGAAGAUUGGGAGUGGCUUGUCAAAGAACAUUUCUACAGCAAGGAGUUCACAGAAAAAAGCAAGAGAAACUCCAAAAAUAUAUCUAACUUAAAAAUUCAUCAUCGCAGUGGUAGCAAACCUUUCAGACAGAUCAUUUGGGACAAUGGUGGCAAUGAAAACAAGCCUCCAAGUUUGGACACAUUAUUUUCUAUCACUCACACAAAGGGUGGAACUUUUGUGGAUUCUAAAACCUCCGGCAAGCAUGCAUAG